AUGAGACCUCCCUGCCCUGCCACGAUGAAGAACUCUCCUGCAGGGCCCCGUGGAUGCCACCACGGCACCGUGUCACCUGCAGAGUGGGCGUUCCCCACGGCCCUGCCGCGGAAGGCCCCUCUCAACACUCCUGGCACCCCAGUCCUUGAAGACUUCCCUCAGAACGAUGAUGAGAAGGAGAAGCUGCAGCGGCGGCGCUCCAGGGUCUUUGACCUGCAGUUCAGCACGGACUCCCCACGUUUGCUGGCCUCCCCCUCCGGCAGGGAUGUUGGAGUUUCAGCUACAAUGCCCAAGUUUACGAACACACAGAUUACUGAACAUUAUUCUACCUGUAUCAAACUGUCUACUGAAAAUAAAAUCACCACCAAGAAUGCUUUCGGCUUGCACUUGAUUGAUUUUAUGUCAGAGAUUCUUAAACAGAAAGAUGCCGAACCAACCAACUUUAAAGUAGCUGCCGGCACUUUGGAUGCCAGCACCAAGAUCUAUGCUGUGCGUGUGGAUGCCGUCCAUGCCGAUGUAUACAAAGUCCUAGGGGGGCUGGGCAAGGAUGCGCCACCUGCGGAAGAAGCAGAGGACCAUGGGGCAGAUGGAAGUGCAACUGAAACAGGAACAGCCAAGAAGGCCCCAAAGCCAAGGAAGAAGCACUCGUGCAAAACCAUCGAGCAGAAUGUAAACAACCUCAAUGUCUCCAGCGCUGAUCGAAAGUGCGAGGUCGACCCCAUGUUCCAGAAGACGGCAGCCUCGUUUGACGAGUGCAGCACAGCAGGCGUGUUUCUCUCCACCCUCCACUGCCCAGACUACAGGAGCGAGCUGCUCUUCCCUGCCGACAUCCAGACCCUCUCCAGCGGGGAGCCUCCCGAGCUGCCGGAUUUGGGCUGGGUGGAAAUGACCGACUUAAAAGCGGCCCUGCAGCAGUGUGCAGAAGAUCGCCAAAUCUGCCCUUCCCUGGCCGGCUUCCAGUUCACUAAAUGGGACAGUGAAGCACAUAAUGAGUCGGUGUCGGCCCUGGUGGACAAGUUUAAGAAGAACGAUCAGGUGUUCGACCUCGAUGCCGAGGUGGAGGACAGUGACUGCGAGGACUUCCCCAACGGGCCCCUGGAGGAUGACUUCGAUGCCAAUGAUGAGGCAGACCAGACCGCCGCUGGGGAUCGCACCAUGCUCCGGAGCUGGAAGGAGCCCUGCCAGGUUCAAAGCUGCCAAGACGAAGUGAUUCCCCUCGGGGACGGAGACAUUUGGACCUUGUGUCCCCUUCUGUCCAUGAAACCUGGAGAGUACUCCUACUUCAGCCCCCGCACCAUGUCAAUGUGGGCCGGCCCGGAUCACUGGCGCUUUAGACCUCGACACAAACGUGACACUGCUUCACAAUCAGAGCACAGAAAGAAGAGCUCAAAGGACUUUAAAAUUGACUUUGACGAUGAUAUUGACUUUAAUGUACAUUUUCGAAAAACAAAGGCUGUUACUGUUCUGACCAAGUUCACUUUGGAGAACCAGAAUUGGAGAGCCACUACUCUUCCUACAGAUUUCCAGUAUGAGACUGAAAAUCUGGUCCAGCUGCAUCUCAAACCAGGCACCAGGUUACUGAAGAUGGCCCGAGGUCAGAAGGCAGGGACCGAGCAUUGUGAAGAAAUUGGAGACUACGAUUACAACAACCCUAAUGACACCUCCAACUUCUGCCCUGGGUUACAGGCCGCUGACAGCGAUUAUGAAGAGUCUGAUGACUUACUUGUGGGACCAGGUGGAACCCUUGACCAUUCUGACCAUCCACCUGCAACAGCGCAAGGCAGCAGUGAGGCAGCUGAAGUCCACGGCUCGGACAUCACCACUUACAGGGAGUCAAACCUGGUAGCUGAGCCUCAGAAGGUAAAUAAAAUUGAAAUUCAGUAUGCCAAGACUGCCAAAAAGAUGGACAUGAAGAAGUUGAAGCAGAGCAUGUGGAGUCUGCUGACGGAGAUCCCCAGGCAGGCAGAUGCAGAGGUAAACCACAGUGAGGAUGGAGAAGCAGGACCCCUUGAGGAGGGGGCUGACAAGAAGCUCAGCAGUCUCACAAAGGACCUGCAGAAGAGCCUGCCUCCCCUUAUGGCCCAGAACCUCUCCAUACCUCUGGCCUUUGCGUGUCUCCUACAUUUAGCCAAUGAGAAGAACCUGAAGCUGGAAGGAACCGAGGAUCUUUCGGAUGUUCUGGUGCGGCAGGAGGACUGAGCUUGUGGGGACGGUCCUCACUCCCACAGUGACCAGGAUGCCCACACUCUGGGCUGAGAUGCCAGGGGUUCGAGGCGAGGCUGCCGUGGCUGCCUUCUCCCAGCGCACCUUCUCUCCUUAACUGUCUGCGAACCAGCUCCCUGACCAACUCUGUCCUCGAUAGAAAUUUUCUGUUCUGUGGUGACCACCUAGGAGGGAAGAGAGGGCAAGGACACUGUCCCUGAUUACGGAAACCGUGUCCGCUCUUCGUAUCCUCCAUUGCUCUGUUCUCCAUACUUUAUUCUUGUAGAAAAGAAUUCCCCAGUAGGCACUUGUCCUUUAAUAGCUACCAAAACCUUGUAUAUAAAAUACACCAUAUAUGUGCUUAUAAAUGUGUAUAUAAGCUUAA